AUGUUUUCCGCCACUGCAAUGUCAUCCUCUAUCGUCGUCUCUUCAACGGUUGGAAUGUCCCCAUCCACUAUUGCUUCGAAAAAAUUAGAUUUUCACCCGGCCCUUGUUGUCACUAACAUCAAAAAUAACAUUCCAUUUAUGCUAGAGAUGGAUAAUGAUCACUACACUAUGUGGGCUGAACUAUUUGAAAUUUAUGCUCGUGCCCAUAAGGUUCUCGAUCACAUCAUUCCUCAAUCAGACAAAGAAAUAUCGUCAUCCACUAAUGCUAAUUUUGAAAUGCGGACAAUUAUUGAUUUCACGGUUAUUCAAUGGAUUUAUUCCACCAUCUCCAUUGAUCUACCUACCACCAUUUUGGAAAAAGGAUCCACUGUUAUGGCUAUUUGGAACCUUUUGGUGAUCAUCUUCGAAGACAAUCAAAAUUCUUUUGUUGUUGCCCUCGAACAUGAUUUCUCAUUCACUCGCAUGCAGGAUUUUUCUAAUGUUUCUGUCUAUUAUCAGCAUCUCAAACAACUCUUGAUCAGUUGA